UUUUGCGCGCUGGGGCAGCUGGCGGCGGCAGGAGGGAGCGCAGCGGCCGGCGCGGCGCCUCUAGGUCUCGUAGCACCUGUCAUGUCGGUUGCAGCAUUUUGUCAAGGAAGGAAUGCCAAUGUUAAGAUGAACACCAAACAGUGGAGGACCGAAUCCAUUCAGCAGGGAGGGUUCAUAACCAUAAUGUGGGAAAGACUUAGAUCCAUCACAGCACUGUACUGGCAGAGUCUGUCCUCCACUCUUCUAGGAGGUCCAGAGUUACAUUCAGGAUAUGGAAGAUGGCAAGUCCGGAAAGAAAUAAACGGAAGAUAUUAAAAGCAAAAAAAACAAUGCCUCCAAGUUGCCGGAAGCAAGUAGAGAAACUGAAUAAGUCAAAGAAUUGUGAAAACCUGAAAACAGCAGUGUCUGUGAAUAGUUUGUCAAGUGGUAGUCAGAAUUCAAGUACCAGUGUCAUAAGUAACAAAUGUAGACCUUCUGAAAAUGAUGUUUCCUCAUUGGAGUCCAGCAAAAAUUCAGUAUGCUCACAGAAAAGUAAAGUAUGUUCUCAGAAUUCAGUGCAAAUUGUUGAUUCAGAAACAGGAUUGAAUUACCCUGAAGAACAAGUUGUGUGUCCUUAUGAAAAGCCGAGUGAAACAGGAGAAUCUCCCAGGAGACUCUCUAUGCAAGAAGCAAAAGAUUCACAAAACUCUUCUGAAAACCAUUUUGAAUGUCAGACCAAUAUAACAAGAUCCUUUUUCGAACGACAUGAAGAGGAUUAUAACCUGAAAUCCAUUUGCUCCCCAUCCAGUGUAUUGAAUGGUGUCGUUCAAAUGCCAAAGUCUGUAGUAAUCAAUUCACUGGCCGAUAACAGAAUCAGCAACAUUGUUUCUUAUUUAGAAAUAAACUCCAAUUUUGAGUCACAUGAUAAAAGGCAAAAUGACAUUUUAUGUUCAGACACCCAUUUUGUGGCUGUUGAUAAAAUGCCUAAAUUAGUGAAUUCGGUCAUUUCCAAUAACUGUGCUACUCACAUUUUGAAAAGUGAAGAAUCCUGCAAAACCUGUCAUUCCAGCAUUGCCAAUUGUGAAAAUACAGACUCGACAUGGCAGUCACCACUUGACACUGAUAGUUAUAACAGCCAUAAUCAAAAGAAGAGGAUGUUUUCAGAUAACAAAGAAAAUGUUAAGCGCAUGAAAAUCUCAGAACAAAUUAAUGAAAAUAUUUGUGUAGCUCUGGAAAAGCAGACAGCAUUGCUGGAACAGGUCAAACACUUGAUUCGACAGGAGAUUUGUAGUAUAAAUUACAAACUAUUUGAUAACAAACUGAAAGAAUUGACUGAACGUAUUGGGAAGACACAGUGCAGGAAUAAACAUGAAGCAAUAGCUGAUAAACUCUUCGCAAAAAUAGCUAGACUUCAAAGACGUGUUAAAACAGUUUUGUUAUCCCAAAGGAAUCGUUUGGAACCAAAUGUAUUAUCCAGUAAUACAGCCUGUAAGGUUACAGACUCGGAGCCCAUAAAUUUGGAUAAGAGUCAAGAGUCAGUUAAUAAUAGUCCAGAGGAAAGAAGGACUUCUGUGAAUAAUGAAUCUUCUAACCUUUCAGAAAAAGCAAGUGAAAAGAUUUUGUCACAGGAUCAUGAUGAGGCUAUUUCUGAAAGUAACAAUGAUGAUGUUAUGUUCAUUUCUGUGGAAAGUCGUAAUUUGACAACUCCAAUUACAUCAAAUCCAACAGGUUCUGGAAAUUCUAACAGUUCACCUGAUGCUAAAGCUGAAGUUAUGGCUGUAGAGAAGAAACGUAAUUCUGUGAUAGAUCUGACAAAAGAAGGCCAAUUGAACUGCAACACAAAAAGUCCAGUUUCCACCAUGGAGUUACCUACAAAAGCUGUUCCAGUCUCCAAAGAGACAGUUCCAGUGGCACAGAAUACAGCCCAGGUUCUUGAAUCUUUUAAGCACCUGCCACCUCUCCCAGAACCACCACCACUACUACCUGAACUGGUUGACAAAAUCCGAGACACACUUCCACCCCAGAAGCCGGAGCUUAAAGUGAAACGUGUGCUGAGACCCAGGGGCAUUGCCUUAACUUGGAACAUCACCAAAAUCAAUCCCAAAUGUGCUCCUGUGGAAAGCUACCACCUCUUCUUAUGCCACGAGAAUCCUAGUAAUAAGUUGAUUUGGAAGAAAAUUGGAGAAAUUAAAGCUUUACCACUCCCAAUGGCCUGUACUCUAUCUCAGUUUUUAGCUUCCAAAAAGUACUAUUUUACCGUCCAAUCAAAAGACAUUUUUGGGCGAUAUGGACCAUUUUGUGAUAUAAAAGCUAUCCCUGGGUUUUCUGAAAAUCUUACCUAAAAGACUUUAAUAUUUAUAUAUUGUACUAUAUUUUGUUUUGUUUUUUCAUAUUUGAGUUGUUUAUUAUGUUCCUCUAACAAUAUUGUCUGUCCUGAAGGGCCAGUUCAGAUUGUGAACCCUGGUUACAGGGUCAGUCCUGCCCCCUGUCUUGUGAGAGGCCUCUGGUUGCGUGAAGUUAUGAAUUCCCGACUUGCAUUCAGUGUACUCAGAAUGGAUAUGUUCUCAGACAUACUAUCAUGGACCUUCUCAUUCGGUUUCAAUUCUAAGGGCUAUUAAUUUGUCCCUCCCCCUUCCUUUGGGGUAUGGAAUGGCCAGAUCAGUCAUUUGGGGAAAUAGCUUGAAGGUGUUCCCCAAGUCUCUCUGUGUAGGUGGAUGCAUGUAUGUGUAUAUAGAUACCUAUAUACACGGGGCUCAGCUUGGCCCCUGUAAUAAAUUUCUAUUUAAUUCAUGUAUAUAUUUAGUUAGACAUUGUGUGCUGUGUGUAGAAACACACAGUAUCUCUUCUAAAAGCAUUACCCAACACACUAUUUCAGUUGAGGAAAAUGGAGUUGUCUGCAUUAGAUUUAAGGCUUUAAUUUGCUGAUUCCCAAAUGCUGCUAUGCUCAUUUCCUGGCUGCCAUCAUUCCUGGAGAAAGAACACAUUAAGGGACUCGGUAGUCACAUCCUGUGCAGACCUGUUCAGGGGAACAUGGAGAUGAAGCUGUAGUUAGUGCAAGGAACCCAAGAAACUCCAAUGUGAAUGGGCUUGAUAAAUAGAAGGGCCCAGUGGGACAAACUACGUAACUAGGAACUGACAUUGUGAAAGUGGAAACUGCAUGUCUUGUUCACGAGAGGCACUGUUUCCUGGUGCUUGUGAAAUUUCAGGCUUCAGAGGCUCUGAGAUUUUUAAAAAAAGUGAACAGGAAAUGGUUUUUCUUGGCAUUUUAUAAAUGCCUCCUAUCUGUCGUAAAUAAAGCUGGUUUUCCCAAGUCUCCUGUGCCUUUACCUUCUAAAA